UCCGCAGACCCUAGAAACUUGCAGCCGCGUCCCUGACCAUCGCAGAGGAACCAAAGCUAGAGACAACCGCUGCGUAAACGAAUCCAUCGCCAUGGCGUCUCGUCUCGUUGCGGCGGCGGCCUCCUCCUCCUCCCUCUCCUCAGCGUCCCCCCUCGCUCGCCUAAUCUCUCGCCGCGGCCUUGCCGGUGCCGCAGACGGCCAUGGGUCUGCGAAGGUGCCCUUGUGGAAAGAUCCGUUGAGCCCGAGCAAGUGGAAGGAAGAGCACUUUGUUCUAGCAAGCCUCUCAAUGUGGGGGGUUAUUUUUUAUGGUGGUUACAAGCUUUUUAGUGGAAAGAAGGAAGCCAAGACUGAGGCGGCAUCACCACAGGCAUAGGUGGCGGAGAUGGAGUUAUACCCGUAUCUGUGGCCUGGCAACAAUGUUAAAUAAAAGGAAUGCUUUAUGUUGUGCUUUCAAGUUGAUAAAUUGUGGCAACAGGAGAUUUUGCUUUACGUAGGCAAUAUAUUGAGAAGCUACUCUUACUCAUCCACCAUGAAUAAUCUUUGCUGCAGUGGAGCUUCAUGUCGGCGAACAAUGCAAACGUUGUACUUCUUUCAUGCGAUUGAGUAGUUGAUGUUUUACUUCUGUUGCCACCAACAGUUGAACGCUGUACUUGCAGAUUGAUAAGAUCUCCGUGCUUUCUAGUUUGCGUUGUUACUGAUGAAUUUAGCAAACGUUUUAUUGGUGGUAUUA